GUUCACACACGCCUUUUGUUAAUUGACCACAUCCUGCAGACCGAUGGAUUCCCAGCAGCAGCAGCCGCCAGUCCCGAUAUCCGACAUCAUCACGACAGCGUGGCCAAGAAGAGCAGUCAAGGUUUGUGCUAGCUACAGACGUGACAAAAUACGCUGCGAUGGUCAAAAGCCGUGUGGAGGCUGCCUUAAAAAAGGUUACACUAUUGAGCAAUGUGUUGCUGGGUGCGAGAACUGUCGAAAAGCCCGCACGCGCUGUGAAGGCGGAAAGCCUUGCCUCAGGUGCCGAGAGGAUCAGGUAGAGUGCACUGAAGGCCAUCACCACCCGGUAUUGCGUGCAGAACCUCCUCCCGUCUUAGUUCUCCGCGGGCCACAUCGCUCAAAACCCGAUCGUGCAAAACUAGCUUGCCAAAACUGUCGUCGGGAUAAUAAGAAGUGUGAUGAUCAGCGACCUUGCUCUCGAUGCAUUACACGGGGGGAAGAGUGUAUUCAUGUAGGAAAAGGACCUAAACUUGUUAAGCUUCGUUGCGAGGGUUGCAGGCAAGAUAAUAAGAAAUGCGAGGAUGCACGUCCGUGUAGGCAGUGCGUCGAAUGUGGCAAGGAGUGUAUCAGUGUUCAGAGGAAGGGCAGAGGCCAUGGUACCCGUGUCAAAGCGGCGUGUGUAUAUUGCAGACGCGAUAAGGUGAGGUGUGAAGGCAUGAGACCAUGCGUACAUUGUGUGCGUAAGGGAUACCAGUGUAUCGAUCGCAUCUGUCAAAUCUGCACCCAGCAAGGCGUUAGUGGCGGAUGCCCACAUCUCGGUGAAGGAUCGGACAGUGAUGGUACGCAAACCAUCCAAUAAAACGUUACCUCGUACUUCAUAAUCACUAUCUUCAGCAGUGAUCGCGAUGGGGAGUAUGCAGCCUCCCCAUCCAACGCCAAUUCAAGUUCAACAGUCCUCCAUGAUGAUGGCACCCCUGCCAUUCCCAACCCAAGUCUAUGGUCCCAUACCAUAUCAUUUACUGGCGCAAUCAAACCAUGAAAUUGGAUCCUUACACAUACCUGCGCUACCUCGUCCUGUUGGAUCUUUUUAUCCUAUAGUCGACCCUCCUAUCAAUGGUCCUCAACCCAAUAUCUCGUCAGAACGGUACGACCCAUUACUUACGGGACCAAGUGACUAGGCGGGUAAAUAGAUACGCUGUAAAUUUUGGACUUUGUUUGGAGCAGGAUGGUUGUAAUUUUAGCCUCGCUUUUUCAAAGCGAUCCCUAGAAUAUCGUACUGUAGUUCUGUAAGCUUUAAUGCCUUCAACUCAUUCCUUUCGGAAUUCAUUUUUA